UUAUCAGUAGAGAGGCAACUCUCCUUCUCUUCUACCCCUCUCCUCUCUCUCUCUGUGUGCGUGAGGUUUCUUAACAAAAACUCUUUUUCUGGAUCUAUAUAACCACACGCACCACCUACUCCUUCCUCGCUUUCUCGCUCGCACUCUGUCUUCGAAUCAAAUAUGCGAAUCCGAAAGAACGCGAACCUCUCCACAAUACUGGAGUUCUCGGCACCGGAGUGGAGGCUACAGACGCACGUCUGCCACAUGAACCAGUCGCCAUGGGAUGUCAUUAGCUUCUCCGACGAGACUUAUCCAGCUGCUCUCAACCAGUUCGGAGGUGGAGAUGAUAGCUUCGCUGUAAAUACAAGCUUUGGGGAUUCUGCUGGUGUUGUGGAGAGCUUGGAGUCGAUGAUGGAUGAAGACGACAAGGCUAUGGAAAUGGAAACGGAGGACGAUAAUGGAGGAAGAAAAGACGAGGAACGGACGAAAAUCAAGAAGAAGAAAUUCUGCAGCAAAACCAGUGUCUCCUCCUCUAAGAGAGGAGGAGGAGCGGUGGUGGACCGUGGGAGCCGACCGGGGAGAGCGAAGAAGGGAUCCUCCUUGAACUCAUCGAAUCCGUACGAAUUUUACUAUUAUUCUGGAUUUGGGCCUUUAUGGGGGAAGAGAAGAGCUGGUAAAAAUGGAGGUGGAGGGGAAGCCAAAAUCAAGAGAAAGUCCUCCAAGUCCAAAGAAAUGGAGGGCGUCGUUAUCCAAAACACAAUAUUACCACCAUCGCCAUCUCUAAUUGACCACAGUGAAGAACUUGAUUUCGUCGAGGAAGAAGACGAUUAUGAAGAAGACAACGAAGAGGAGCAGAGAAGCAGCAAUGGAGGGAAAAAACGUGUUCGAAAGCUCGUCAAGGCCCGAUCCUUAAAAUCUCUUAUGUGAAGAAGAGAAACCUAGAUUUCUUUGUUCUUCGUUUUUUUCUAAAUUUAAAUUAAUUAUUAUGGUUUAUUUAUGUGUAUGAAUUCGGAUUUUUAAGUUUUUUAAACUAUUCUCA